AACACGAGACUCACAGACCAACACUCGGCCACCACCCCCUACCCGCCAGCCCGACCCCACGACCGCCACCACAGCAUAUAAAGAUAGUCCAGUCGCACCCAGAAUCCAUUCACAAGACAAGGCACAUCGCGCACACACAGCUUAUAUACACCACCAUAUAUCCAUCCAUCUAUCUAUCUAUCUAUCUCUCUAUCUAUCUAUCUACAUAUAUAUAUAUAUAUAAAUAUAUACACCACACAAUAUACACGCUGCUUGAAGUCCUUCUCUUCAUAUAUUGGAGUACCAGUUAGAAAUGUCAACCAUGGAUACUUCUGGCUCUUCGGACACAGCACAACCAGCAUCGACCAAUACAUUGAAAGAUGAUGCAGUAGAGGAGGUCGCAAAGGGUGUAGAUGCUGUGACUGUAGCUGAGGCAGCACCAGUUGAAGCCGCUGCAGCUGAUGUAGUUGCUGAGCCUGCAGCUAGUGAAACGGCUGUCGAGACGCUUGCAGCCGAGCCAGAAAGUGGAGAAAAUGACAAGACGAAAGAGGAAGUUGGAGAGAAUAAGGUAGAGGAGAAGGUAGAGGAGAAGGUAGCAGAGGUAGUCGAAUCAGCAGUGGUUGCCGAUGCGGUGGCCAGCCAGGAGUCUGCCCCGGUGAAGGAAGCAGAAGAAACACAGGAUGCAGUGGUGGAGGAGAAAGAAGAGAAAAUAGAAGAAGCUGAAGAGGCAGCAGCCCCCGCCGCCGACACUGGUGCUGUGGAAGCUCCCUCUGAGGACGCAAUCCAGGCUGUUGAUGACACAGACACGACAGAUAUGGCAGCUACUGAAACAGCAUCCACUGAAACGGCAGCCAUUGAAACAGCUGAGGAGGAACACACAGGUGAUACAAAAGAGGAAACUGGAGAGACAAUUGUUAGUCUCCCUGAUGGUGAUGAUGAUGAUAAAGUCCCCACUCCCCCCCGUGCUACAUCGCCAGACUCAAACACAGAACACACAGACGACAAAAAGACAGAAGAACCCACUGAAGAUGGCAGCGAAGACAAGGAGGAGGACAGCCCUGAGAACGAUGACGCUGACACCGAAAACUAGACACACACACACACACACACACACACACACAGCAUUUUAAUGUUUAUGUCAACCAAGAUGGUCUCGUGUCCAGCCAGCAUCUCCUUAAAAUGUCCUCUAUUGUCCCCUGAAUUGUCCAUACUCCAGUUCAGAUUCAACUGCUGUCCCUUUUCAGUGUCCUCAAACAUUGACCCUCCACUAAUGUCUCCAACAUUGCUCCCUUCCACUGUCCCGCAAAAAUGCUGUCUCCCUCUUGUGUCUCUGAAACCAUGUUCAUAUAAAGCCCUUUAAAACUGUCCUCUUCCAUUGUCUCCCAAGACAGUCUCUGUAAUAUUCCCCAAUCUAUAUCCCCCCAGUGUCUCUCUAACUUGUCCUACUCUAGUAUCCCUUCACACAGUCACACAUCAGUAUCUCCAACACUGUCCCAUUUUUAUGUCCCCCCUUAAACUUUUCCUCUAAUGUCUCCAUAUACUGAUCCCACACAGCCUUCUCUUUUAGUGUCCCCAAAAUUGUCCUACUAUUCUUCUCUACUGUCCUCAUCCCAUGUUUUUUAGUAUUUCUGAUACUGCCCCUUUUCCCAUGUCUCCCAAUAUCAAUUCUUUAGUGUCACUGCAUACUGUCCCUCUAGAGGUCCCUAAUACAAUAGAUAUUUCCCUUUAUUGUCCCCCAAUACUGUCCCUGUAGCAUUCUCAAUACUGUGGCACAUCAAUGUCACAUUUCUAGUGUCCUCCACUGCUGUCCACCUUCAGUGUCCCCUAAUGCUGUCCCUCUCAGUUUUCUCUUGAAUCUCUUUUGUGUCUACUUUCACAACACUGUCCCUCCAGUGUCUUUUUUCAGUGUUUCCCACCAGUCUCCACCUCACCCUGUUCCCCUCUAAUGUCCCCUUCAAGUAUACCCACUAAUGUCUCCUUUCUCCUUCUAGUGUCUCUCUACACUGUCACUCUAGUGUACCCUCCCAAUCCCUAACACGGUCCCUUUCAGUGUACUCCCUCCAGUAUCAUGCCCCCCAAAUUUUGCUCCCUUGUCUCCUUCUUAUAUCUCUCAACACUGGCUUGUAUUAGCAGCCCUAUCUAGUGUACACAUCUAGUAUCUCUCCAGAUCUGUUUCCCUCCGGUGUCCCCUAAAUUCUGUCCUCUUCAAGUAUUCCCACCACUGUCCCAUUCGUGUACCCUCUUUGAUAUUCUGUCCGGUGUCAUCAACCAGCCACCAAAACUGUCUACGCUCGGGUGUCUGCGAGCAUUGUCUCCCAAUUCCAGUGUCCUCGUUCACAAACCAGUGUCUACUUUAUACCACUAUCCUCUCUUAUAAUUUACUGACCAAUAAAAUAUUUCGUAUAUUUUA